AAAGAGUAAACGAUGUUGAUGGUGUCGAACCAGUUCCUUGUCAACCUUGGACAUCGCGUCUUUCAAAGAUGGCACAACCAAAUUUAGAUUACACGGCUCCAGAAACUCAAAACCAAUCGAUGUGCAGCAUUCUCAGUGACAUGUUCUCUCUGGGCAUGGUAAUUUGCGCUAUUUUCAACCAGGGAAGGCCGCUCAUUCAAGCUGGAAACUCGACAUCCACCUAUCUCAAACAAUUAGAACUUUUGGAGGACCAAGUACAUAAUAUACUGCCACGGAUACCAAUCCCACUACAAGAAGCAACAGUACGCUUACUCAGUAAAGAUACGAGACAACGUCCAACCGCGCAACUGCUAUCACUGAUUAAGUAUUUUAGCGACCCGGCCGUACACGCUCUACAGUUUUUGGACGUCAUCAACAUGAAGGAUCCAUCCCAGAAAUCCCAUUUCUAUCGUAACACUUUGAAGGAAGCACUGCCUUACAUCCCAAAGAAAUUAUGGUAUCAACAUGUUUGGCCGUCUUUACAACAAGAAAUGCGUACGCAAGAAGUUUUAGCGGCGGUGUUACAGCCGGUUUUGUUCCUAAUUCAGGAAUCGACUCUAGAGGAAUAUGAAAGUAUAAUACUUCCGUCCUUCAGGAAUGUCUUUUCAACGCCAAAGACCGUUCAAGCGAGCGUGACCCUUUUAGAAAAUCUUCAUCUCAUCCUGGAGAAAACGCCGAGGGAUGAUUUUCGCACUGAAGUUCUACCAAUGUUAUACAAUGCCUUUGAAAGCAAUACAAUUCAAGUUCAAAGUGCAGCUUUAGUGGCAGUUACAAACGUAUCGGAGUACUUGGACGAGGCGGCUAUUCGAAGAAUGAUUCUACCGAAAACAAAGGUUAUUUACGAGAAGAACCAAUCGGAUAUGAAGAUCGUAUCAAACGUACUCUCUUGUGUCGAAAGGACACUAGAUCGAUUGGACAAAGGCCAGAUAAUCGAUGAAGUACUGCCACUUCUCUCUGAUAUUCGCCUAUCGGAUCCUCAAAUUAUACUGAGGGUCGUAAAUAUUUAUCGAUUAAUGUUAAGCGAUAAAAAGUACGGGCUUUCAGUAAAUUUAAUGGCCACUAAAGUUAUGCCAUCACUUCUUCCACAAACGGUUAAUCCGUCAUUGAAUUUAGAACAAUUUACGAUAUUAUUGGAAGUUCUUCAAGAUAUGUUGGACCAAAUCGAUCGCAAUCAAAGAAAUAAACUAAAACUUGAUAAUUUAUCUUUACCCAGUCCGGAAAGACAUAGACCAUUGCGACAUCAAUACAGUUCCGAUAACAUGCAUGUCCCACCAUUUAAUAUUCCUAAUCUUAGGAUAGAACAAAGAAAAACUUCGAGUGCUGAAGAUAUGGCUAGAAAAAAUUCGGCGGGUGGUUGGUGGUUUGGAGCAUCACCUUCUUCUCCAGACAGCAACUUUUUAAGGGUAGUAAACGCAUUUCCAAAUCGAAGACUUUCAGAUAACACGCUGAUGACACCAAAGAUCCGCAUAGCACCAUCAUGCGCCUCAUCUCCUGGAGGGACCCCAGGAGGUGGUCUUCCAAUUAGACGUCAUUCCAGCAUAGGCCCCCAAGAAAGAAGAGGAUCCACCGUUAAUCUCUCACCACCGACGGGCGCAAUAGGGUACAGCUCGGUGUCCCGUGAGGGCUCGAGCCAUUCGGUGCCGUCCACAUACCUUGCACGGAGCAUGAUAGGAGGUUCGAUGCCAAACACUAGUAGCAGUGUUCCGUUUCUGCUGAGCAGCAGUAUGCAGAGCAUCCGUUCUAGACGACCCUCCGUAGUGUUGGGCGGCUCCCAAGGGUCGGGGCUCCUACAACAGCUGGGCUCCGGCAUGUAUCAGCUGUUUGCCGGACGCCAGUAACAACCCCAGCGAAGCGCUGAUGAUUUGAGCUCAUUUCAGAUUAUUUUAACAGCACUUCCCGUUUUUUGCCUAUGUGUUUCUUAAGUUCUGAUAUACACACAGAGAUUAAAAUAAUAAUGUUCAUUGUUGUUAUAAAAAAGCAGUGAACCGGGGAGGAAGUAAAGAGCGACAAUCACGAGCGACUGCGCAUUAUUUAGUUUCCCGAAAACUACCAAAGUAUACCCCGAAAUACCACAACAAAAUAUUCAACAAAAAAAAUAAUAAAAUUAAAAAUAGUUGGACGUCUUGUUUGUCAAUAUGUGUGUAAAUUACCUUAAUGUCUUCUUAAAUACAAUCAAAAACUACGCACAGAACCCAUCCAAAGAUUCGUUAGAUGGACUGGUGUAUUUAAAAAAAAACAAUCCUUGUUCCUUAAAAAGUCUUUGACGAUGAUGAAAGCACUGAGCAUGCCUGAAUUUAGAAAAUCGUGCCCUAUUACAUAUACAAAAGUAAGUAAACGUACUCGAGAGAUCUAUAAUAUAACCAUUUUGACAAUCGUCUCUGAAAAUAACUUGAAGAGUAUUAAAAAGGUGGUUACAAAAAUCGACGAUUAAGAGAACGCGAAGAAAAAAAAAUGUAUAGCUCUAUCAGAAAAGUAUUUUUUCAAAAAAUUUUACCUUGUAUCGGUGUCGAUGUACAUGUCGUAUACGUUUUCAUCAUCUAUGUAAGUGUUUCCGUUCUUGUUCGAAACUGCACGAUACACUCCUUUCGAAUUAAUAUACCGAUCGUACCCCAAAAUCUUACACAAGAUAGAUCUCCUUUAUGAUCCUUAAUACUUACUGUGAUUCCAGCUUAUUUCCCUUCCAAAAUGGUUGUGCUAUUUGCUCAAUGUGAUUAUCGAAGACUUUUCUUUUUAAUUUUAAAUUUUAAUUAAGAAUGGAAUUCUUUUUAAUAACUGGUGAAUAUACCAAUGUUUUAGACAUGAGAAUAAAGAUGUUUUUAAGGGAAACAGAAAAGUCAAAUUUAAAGUUCAUUUUUCAAUGUCAGAUUAGCUUUUUUUUAAUUCUUACCAAUUUUUAUUAGAAAUGAAGCAAUUAUGAAGUUGAUUUAUGUUAUUGUACUAUAAUUAUUACCCUUAUCAGAAUAGUUUAGUAAAUCUUAUGUUAUCUAUUUGGCUUGGAUAAAUGUUAUAAAUCAGUUUAAAUGUUCGGCUAUUUGGUUACAAGAAAAGGAUUUUUAAGUUAUCAAUAUAACUUUCACAAUGAAAAAGGCUUUGUACAGGGUAUUUUAAAAUAGCGUUUAAAAUUUUUAAAGGCAUUAAUACGAUGGAAAAUAAAGUAAAAAUCUUAAUAAAUAUAUGUGUGGAAAUCAACCGUUUGCGAAUUAUAUUGCCAUUGAUUGUAUAUCCUAGUAAAACAUUAAUUUAAUGCCUGUUUUAACUUUAUGACAGCUUAUUUCGUAUAAUUUGUACCAUUUACUAUGAUUGCGGAUUCAAGUACUGGGUAUGUUCUAUGCUAUAACAUUUCUCGGUCGUCGGUGUAUUAUUUCCAAUAAUUUCAAGAAACUUGCUCCUUUCAAAAGAAGUUUCAUGGAAGUAUAUCCAUAGCUUCAUGUGCGCUUGUAAUCCAACCCAACCCCAUCAUAUCCAACAGAUGCAAACCCCCAUUGGUUCAUUCACUGGCAUUAGCAAGCAAGGACAUGUGAUUGGUUCAUUGAUGAAGUUGGUUGGUCAAAAAAUAAAAUACUUAAUCUUCAUAAUAAUCACGUUUCGUGAUCCUGACGUUACCGUUUAAGACGGAUAUACGCAUCGUUUCACUAUAAAUAUCUGAUUAAGGAUUAGAGUGAACCAGCUAUCUUACCAUUAUCGCCGUCAAAGACGUCCAACAUACCUCGAGUUAUAUAUAAAUAUCUAAUAUCUGGAGUUAUUUCAAAAGUUUAAUGUACGAAAACUAGUAAACGACCUUCCAUACGUGCGAACAAGUCACAACUAAUUUCAAAACUUCUGUUAUGAACUGAUCCGUUUCUCCCCAGUUUCUCGUUAUCCAAGAUGUUAUAGGUAGUAUCAAAGAUUUCAUUCAAUAGUCUCACUUCUGCUAUCAUUAAUCUCUCUCGUAUUACCACUUUAUGUUGUCUCCCGUUUGCGUAUACUUUGGUUAUUACUUCCAGUAAUCAGUCCGUGAAUUCACUUUACUACUGACACUGUCGCUGCAGACACUUCUUUCUCUUACUAUCUACUCCACUUCCAACAUAUUUCUACAUAUCUUAUUUAAGAGAACUAGGUUAGUAGCUUAUUAAAAUAUUUACUACUUUUGUUGCCUUAUCACAACUCGCACAUUCUACUAUGCGCUUCCAGACUCUCAUAUAUUCGACCUUUUUAUACUUACUUAUUUCGAUCAUUUUUAUUUUGAUUGUCAUGCUUCCGUACUUUCAUCAUCUCUGGAUUAGCACCUUCAACCCUCUUCAAGUUUUCGUCUUCUUCCAAGAUUUUUUCUUCGAGUUCUAUUGCUAUUUACAAUUCUUCUCUCCGAAAGAUACGCUUUUAUGAUCAUAAUCAGAUAUUUAAUAAUAUUUCCUUUUUGCAGUGCUCAUUUACUCUCUAACAUAUCUUGCUACCAGAUGCCAAAACAAUUUCCCCAUGUACUUUCCUGAUAACAUUCUGAUUUGAUUAGAUCAUUAUGAGUCGCAGCCCUGAAAAGAUUUAUUUCAACUACAGAUGUACUACACUUCUUUUUGUCAGGUUUUAUGUGUGUAAAAAAUACAUUCCAACAACUUCCUAUAUAUCUCCACAGUUACUCCACAUGUUACAUCACUGAUUCCUCUUAAUAUUGACCAGGUUAUUAAAGAUGUACUUUUUGAUGUCAUGGUAGUUAAAUUUCAUAACUUUACAUCUAUCUCCUUCUACAACCUUCCUCGAUUAUGAGUUCUGCUUCUGAAUCCAAAGCCGUAUUGAGGAAUGUUAAUAUCUCUAUAGCAUCUCGAGAAGAUCUUAUUUCGCUAAAAAUCAACAAUCACGAAACACAUUGCAUCAUGGAAGCUUACAACUAGUCCAGGCUACAGCAAUAGAUGCAAUAACAGUUUCCCAUUAUUGCUCACGCUGGCUCCAUCCACAACUGAGGAUGUUUUAAUAUAUGCUUAAUAAUUCUCUUUAAAAAAGUCCGUUUUUCAUUUUACUGAACUCUUUAGUAAUGUGUAUUGAACAGUUGUAACCCCUAAUAAGACCAUCGAUGGGCUUAAGAAAACAAGGAUCUUUUCCCCAAUAGAGGGGUUUUUACCGAAAAUGGUAUUUUACUUGCAAGACUUGGCACAUGUCAGUAUACAUUUUGAAUAAAGUCGACCAUGACAUGCAAAAUUUAGCUGAAGAGACUUGUUCAACUAAAAAACAUCAUAGAACAUAACGUACAUAAAACGAACGUGGGGGGUACCAGAAAUGAAAAACUUCUGCCCGGAAAUUUCUGCAGAUGACACAUCAGGUUAUAAGUUUUUCGU